UAUGUACCUUUCAGUAAUCCAAAGCUUAGCUGUCAUUUAUUUGGCUUAAAUGUAAAGCUUGCCCAUAAGCAAUUUUAACCCGAAAUUCUUUCAAAUUUAGCGAAAGACCUAAACAUGCCUAGCGAGCCGCAGAAGCCCGAGAAAAAGCCCCCAGUGAAGCGAGAGGCUCCGUCCGAGGAAACUUUAACCAAGGACAAAUGCAUGGCGGACUUUUGCCUGAAGGGUGGAAGUGGCCUGAUAAUUGGUGGCGUUCUUACCUUAUUCUUAACGCGACCACAAACCUACCCGAUGUGGCUGGGCCUGGGGUUCGGAUGUGGCUUGGCCUACGACUGUUGCCAGGCGCGUUGGAAUCGAUCCACUUAGGCAGCAAAAAGUAAUAUUGAGGUCCGAGCUUUACUACCAAAUGGGCUUCUAUUAAAUUUUUAUUGAGAAAACGUUAUUGUUUUGGUCAGGUUUUUGCGAUACCAUCAAUGUACAAAUGCGAUAAAUAUGUAAAUUUCCAUGAUUAAAUCUCUUGUAAAGCGAAA